UGUGAUUCGCAUUUGUAUCUUUGAAAACAGGUCUUGUCAGCCUUCUCGCACAAACUCAAACCUUCAGUGAAUUUACGACGCUACUUAACCAGGAAGCAAGUCCAAAACCGUCUGCAGGCACAGCAGAGCAUAGUUUUCUUCCCGUGUAAAUUUUGUUUAUCGUAUGUCCAUCCAGAAUCUAAAUACAUUCGACCCAUUUGCGGAUGCAAUAAAGGGUGCAGAUGAUGAUGUACAAGACGGACUCGUGCACAUAAGAAUCCAGCAGAGAAAUGGUCGCAAAACAUUAACCACUGUUCAGGGUUUGUCAGCGGAGUAUGACCUAAAGAAGAUUGUACGGGCAUGUAAGAAGGAAUUCGCGUGCAAUGGCACUGUGAUUGAGCAUCCCGAGUACGGAGAGGUUCUCCAGCUCCAGGGUGAUCAGCGCGAAAAUAUUUGCCAGUGGCUAACCAAGUCGGGCUUGGCGAAACCGGACCAGCUGAAGGUGCACGGUUUCUAAGAGCACCAUAACAGGGAUCUUGAACUGCGACAACGCGCGUAACCGUGUUUGUGUAGGUGCAUUACGUUGCAUUGUAUUCUCGUAACUUUUCCAAACGAUAGCGCGAACCGCAGUUGAACGUAGCAGUAAAGAGUAACGCGAGCAGAGCAAAGACCGUAAUUGUUUCGAAGACGGAGAUAUUCAAUUCAGCGGAACACUACCACUACAGCAGCGCUAGUAAUAAUAAUCCCUUUUGAAAACAAACAAGAAAUCUUAUGUGUUUUUGUAAUAAAUUCUAUCCCCCACGGCUCAACUCUUCGUUUGCUAACCGGAAGUCGUUGCCGCGACGCGAGUGUGGGUUGAAGAUGUGGAUCGGAUGAGUUAGUAAAAUGAGUUUCGCUUCAAAUUCACUACAGAGAAAAUAGUCACAUGCUAUAGAUGCUCUAAAAUGCAGCUAGAAUAUAAAAAGUAACUCAAGAUGAUUAUAUGAUGAAGAGUAGAAACAAAUUAAAUAAUAAACCAUGAUAUCAAUUAUUCAA